UUUUCAGGAGUUCAGUUUCGAUUGGUGUGUGUGUGUGUGUGUGUGUGUGUGUGUGUGUGUGUGUGUGUGUAUACGUGUGUGUGUUUUUGUUGGCCUCACACCAACAACUUUCAGGCGAGUUCACUGUUGCAGACAGGUGGGUGAGGUGGUGGUCCGAGUCGUUUUUGGUCUUUAGGUCUUUCUCUAGUCUCUUGACGUAAAAUCACCCGUGUUUAAUAUCAUCUAUAUUCGUUCUUUAGUCUUCGCUCAUGCAGACAGUGGCAUGGCGUUGUCAUCAGCUCUUUCCGAUAGAAUCUAGUUGCAGUCUUGUGAAUAGUGACCCUGCAGGAUCCCCAGUCUUUACAAACUCCCAGACUGUGACUCCUGAAACCUUGUCUUUAGAGGUGAGUGUGUCUGUCAGACCAAACUCUUCUAGUGUAUGGAAGCAUUAGAUGAGUUAUUGAUCAAACAAGCUGAUACAUUUUUUUUAACAUUUGUAUUUUUCUGCAUGUUCCCAGAUUCACAGUCACAUUCAUUUAUCAUUAUCACCUCCUCUGUGUUUAAAGGGGCAGUACGCGAUUCUAAAGCAAAACACGAUUUGUAAAAUCGAACCAUCCGUGAGCUGUUGCUUUUGUGUCUGUGCGCCUCAAAAAAAUCCGGGUUUUCAGCUCAGCCCAGUCUCAGUAAAUCGAAAACAAAAAAAAUAAUGGUGCGGACUGCAACUCUGAGUGUGCUAGCUGGUGGCGAUACCACUCCGCGGUUUUGGCCUAGUGGUUAGUGCGUCGGUCUCCCAUACGCAGGACCCGGGUUCACGCGGCCGGAGCAGCAAACUAACAACAUCAACAAAGAGAGAAACAAGCUCUCUCCAAAAUCGCAUACUGCCCCUUUAAGUUCUGAAUCAGCUGUCCAAUGCAUUUCAUUUCCAUACAUGAGAAAUAGUAAUUAUGACAUUCAAUGUGGGACAUGUUGCAGCGUUGUCAUUUUUUUUGCAGAACUGAGUUGGAUCCCCCCCCCCAAAAAAAGUUUAGCUUUUAAUAACCACUGGCCUUAUGUGUCAGUAAAGACAAGAGGGACAUUCAGGAGGCUCCAGAGGUGUGUGUCCACAUGUUGCUUUCAUUUACCAUCUGCCACGACGCACAUGAAAUACGUUCGGCCUGACCAGAGCUUUGUUAUUCCAAGGCACGGCUGGGGAUUGUGUCCUGGAGCUUUGUACCACUUGUCCGAGAAACCCAGUCGCAGUUGUUCUGUUCUUUUCUACUUUUCCACUUUUCCGGCGCAGCAGAACGAGCUGGAAGCGACGACGACAUCGUACCGCAUGAAGAUGUUACGGCUAACAUGCUGACUCUGAGCCAUCAGAGUGCAUAGCUCUUUGUGUCCACCUAAUGAGUUUUAGUCCACUUCAGUCCUUUGAGGGUUCGUCUGGUCGCUCUCCAGCUGAGUGUUUUACAAACUAGUCACGAAUGGUCUGUCUGCUGUUUGUGGCUGGACGGGUAUAGAGUCCAGUCAGGGUUUAGAGCGACUGCAUGAAUACAUGACUCUGUGGGGCUCAGAGGAACUGCAGGGUCGGGGAGAAGUCUCUGUGGUAUUACCUUUCUCAUUACACACAUACGUAUUCUAAUGAAAGAUAGUUUUGUGUUUAGGUCUUUCAUUUCAUAAUAUCUAUAAUAACGUAAUUACCAUAAUAAGAAUAGUAAUGGGUUGUAUUGACGACUCCAAAUGUAUCUGGUCGGGUUUGGUGACUUUACAAUGAGCUCAUAAAUUUGAAAUGUCACCAUAUUUUUAUAUAUCAACAUCACAAUGUCCUGUAUUUCUAUGACAUACAGUAUUGUAUUUAUGUAUGUCUUUAUCAUAACCGAUGUGCAUAUUUUCUAUGAAGGCUCAGCAUUGAGUUUAUGGUUCUUUUAUUUUAUGAAUAUUGAAGGGACCGUUGAGAGACUGUGUUUAUUGUGAAUCUAGACCUAGAAACAGACUCAGGACCGAGAAGAAUAAUUUUCAUAACUACACUCAAAUUCAAGUUGCAUGGAAGAAAUGGUCCUUGAUUGGCAACAUGAAAGUGCUGUGUAGGAACUCACACAUGCAUCCAUCCAUCCAUCAUCUAUACUGCUUCAUCCAUUAACGGUGGCGGGGGAAUGUAGGAACUGUAUAUUUCAAAUAAAUUAUUCUCUAAGGUCUGUGUUAAACAACAUAUUUGGAAACUGAUAGUUAAAUAUUGUGAUUUCUAUGGUAUUAAACGUUUCCUACCUUUCACCAAAAUAAAAUUGAGUGACUGCGACAGAAUCAUGGAAAGUUAUUACUGAACCUCUUUUAGCUCGGUCAACAGUAACACCUUGUAAUGAUGAUGAACAAUUUACAACUGGAAAGAGAUGUCAUAUGUGGGCUUCAUACAUUGUUGGGUCCUGUUGUUGCAGUUAGAACCAGACAGAGGACGCUUCAAGACAAGUGAGAUGUUCCAGGUGUUGCAAGGGAUGAGGAGAAGAAGCACAGUGCAAGUCUCUCUACUUUUACUUUAUCAAGAGUAUAAAACACUACACACAACAAGCCUAAUUUUAAACACUGUUUAGACAUCUUCAUAUUUGUUACAGAGCGGCGAAGUCUAUUAAAUCCUUUCUCUUAACGCCUAACAUGUUCCGUCGUCUAUUUCUUCCGCCUCGCGGAACCUUUGCGCUCACGUUGACUCUUGUUUCUCCCCGGACAAGAAAACAUUUGCGGGCCGUUUCCGGGAGACGGUCGCGUUCGCUCGUGUGUCGGUGCCGCUGCUGAUGGAGAAAAACAUAACAUCGCCACACAAGCCGCAGUUUGUUUGAGCGACGACGUGACGGAGCAGUGGCGUGAGGAUGAGUCGUGUCCCGCAGAAGAGGCUGUACAGCGAGCUUCCGGUGUGGGUGGUGGAGGACCACCACGACGUGGUGAGUCACAUCUACCGCGCCAUUGCAUCCAGACACCUCCCACCCAGGAACAUAGCGAUGGUCCAUCUGGACUCCCACCCCGACCUGCUCAUCCCCGUCAACAUGUCUGCUGACACAGUCUUUGAUAAGGACAAACUGCUCAGUGAGCUGAGUAUAGAAAACUGGAUCAUGCCCAUGGUGUAUGCCGGCCACGUGUCCUGUGUGGCGUGGCUGCAUCCGUACUGGGCCCAGCAGAUCGCAGAGGGAGAGCACAGGAUGGCUGUGGGCAGAGACGCCUCCACCACCACCAUCAGGGUGACCAGUAAAGACAACUACUUCCUCAGUGAUGGUCUCUACGUUUGUGAGGAGCAGCUGGAGAACAGUAAACCUCUCAGACUGAGCGUGGUCAAAGUCAAUCCUGUCCGAGCAGCUUCACUCACAGAGCAGACCACCACAGAGCAGAGGUUCUGUAUGAAGAGGGCUCGAACUGGAGGAGCCAGCCACGCUCAGCCCCUGGCCACUGACACGCCGCAGCCAGCGGAGGGCAGCGCCGGCCAGGCAGCGGAGUGGAGCAGUGGGACCGGUCCGGGAGAUGCUGAUGAUGGAGAUGAAGGAUCAACCAGUUACGUCGUGAAGAGAAUAUCUGCAUGUCUCAGUGACACUGAGCCGUACAUCUUGGACAUUGAUUUGGAUUUCUUCUCCUGUAAGAAUCCCUUCAAGGAAUUGUACACACAGGACGAGUACUGCAUCCUGAAAGAGCUCUACAGCUUCACUGGACCGGGCCCUAAUGCUGACGAGGAGGAGCUCGAUGAGUGUGUGAGUCGUCGUACACAUCAGUUGGAGGACCUGGAGGCAGCGUUUGCUGAUCUCCUGGAGGACGAUGGGGAGGAGACGGUGACGCGCUGGGCCAGUAACCCUGGGAUGGCUUCGUUAGCCCGACUGGUUUUCAGUCUGAAGUCCAGAACCCCGUCCCCAGACUACGAGAUGGUCCAUCAGGCAGGAUUAACAUUGGACUCUGUUCCCUGUCAUGUUCCCUCUCAGGUCCAUCAGGCAGGAUUAACAUGUGACUCUGUGGAGCUGCCUCACCACAUCAGCACAGAUGAGGAGAUCGACAGACUCGUCUCAGCUGUGCAGCUCAUUCUGACGCCCCUGCCCAAACCUACGCUGGUCACUGUGUCCAGGUCCAGUCUGGAUGAAUACUGCCCGGUAGAGCAGGUGGACUCGGUCCAGAGCAGAGUGAUGGCGGUGCUGGAGGCCCUGUAUGGACCUCUGGAUUUACACAAAGACUAUGACCACAGCAACACAGAGAUCACGGACUGCCAACCACAGGCGUCUUAACACACACGAACACACGUGACAAUUUCAAAUACAGCGGACGUGCUGAUUGAUAUAAAUGAUGCUGUUGCACUGAGUCUUCAACUGUAAUUGAGUCUUUUGUCCAGCAGGUGGAACUUUGAGGCACUGUGUCCUGACUGUGUGACAUGUUAACAUAACAAGUGUUCAUAGCAGCUCUUCAUCCUGGAUUUAGAUUUAGAAGAAACCAGAUUACUGUGAAUAUCCGGGUCAAAUGAUAAGUCUGGUCAUAUUCUGUUUUUUCCUUACAGUCAACGAAAACCAACCCCGAACGUCUCCUACCAACAAGUUCUGUGUCAAUCAAAACUCCCCCGUGCCACAGAGCUCCGUUGUUGUAGAACUAUGAACACAAAUCGGUGAGCGACACUCUUGCACUGGCUGAUGUUACCAUGACUAAACACACUGUAGUUUAUUUUGGCUCAAUCCCACUCGCACUGUCCUGCUGUUGGAUCACCAGGACCAAAUAUGUAUUUAUCCGCCACCAAAACUAGUGUCCAACAGACGCUCCAUCUCCUCCUGCCUGAGGAAAACACUGCGUCAGUUAAAGAGCCAGUUGAAAAAGGAUUAUGUUCAGUCGACGUGCCCGGACUCUGUGAUCAUAACACAAACAGAAUAUUCCCAGCACUAUUAUUUAAGGAAGAAUGUAUUUAUAUGUGCUGUGUUAGUUUUAUUAUAACUGGUCAGUGAUUAUACUGGUAUGGCACUGGUACUGACGACACUUGUCCACGCUUGUGUGUACAUGUUUCAGAUUUUUCCGAAUAUCCUUGGAAAUCUACAUGUUUGAUAUUCUUUUAUGUUUAAACUAGUAAAUUCUGUGCAGUGUUAUCUGUUGAACUCUGUAUUAAAUAAUUCAAUAGCUACACUUGCUGUCCCCCCUGUCCUGGGUAAAUAUUAAAAAGUGUUUAAGACAUUA